CGAUGAAUUGAUUCGUUCGUGAACGACAGAUAAACACACUGUAGUGAGGAAGUGAAAGUGUUUGUGAACAACUCGACGUUCACAAAAGAACUUUUAAUCUAAAAUAUAAUCUUAGACGUAAACAGGUCUUCUACAGUCUGAUGAAGAUGAGCCACAUCAGUAAGAUGUCACUACCACAGUUUAAUUUCAUCUUGUUGGGAAAAUCAGGUUCAGGUAAAAGUGCAUCAGGAAACACCAUAUUAGGACAAACAGCUUUCACCUCAAAGAAAAGUCCCACCUCUGUCACUAAACAUGUUCAGAUGGAACAUGGUACAGUUUCUGGUCUCCCAGUGACUGUUUACGACACUCCAGGGUUCUGUAACACUGAGCUGAGUGAUGAUCAGGUCAUACAGGAAUGUCAGAAGGUCUUCAGCUCAUGUGAGUCAGAAUCAGACAUCUGUACAUAUCUACUGGUCAUCAGGGCAGAUAGAUUUACUGAGGAAGAUCUGAAAGCUGUGCAGAAAACCGAGCUUCUGUUAGGACCACAGCGUCUGGAAAAGACCUGGAUCCUCUUCACUGGAGGAGAUGAACUAGAGGAAGAGGAACAGACCAUAGAGAACUUCAUCAUUAAUACAGAAUCUCUGAUGGAGCUGAUGAAGAGAUACAGUUACAGACACCACGUCUUCAACAACAAGAUGUCCUGUAAAAAAACAAAAAGUGACCAAGCUAAAGACCUUCUGAACAAAAUUGUCAAGAAAUAUAUUAAAUCUGCACCACAUCGGAAGAGAACAAGACCACAGAACACCAACAGCAGUUCUGACCUGAGGAUUGUGCUGUUAGGGAAAACUGGAUGGGGGAAGAGCUCUACAGGAAACACCAUCCUGGGAGAGGAGAAAUUCAGAUCUGAACUCAGUUUGAACUCUAUCACCAGAAAGAGUGAAGCUCAACAUGGCCUUGUUGAGGACAGGAAGGUGUGUGUGGUCGAUACUCCAGGUUUCUUUGACACAGAUGUUGAUCCUGUAGAAACAACUUGUGAGAUACGGAAGAGUAUGUCUUUGUCCAGUCCAGGACCUCACGCUUUCCUCAUUGUUCUGCCACUGAAUAUAAGGUUCACAGAACAGGAAAAACACAUUAUUCAGCAAAUUGAAGCGUUAUUUGGAGAUGAAGUGAGGAAAUAUGCAAUGGUUCUCUUCACCCAUGGAGACCAGUUAAAGAGGGUAAAUGUCGAGACAUUCAUUAAAAAGAAUAAGGCUUUAAGUGACCUUGUCCAGCAGUGUGGAGGUGGAUAUCAUGUGUUUAAUAAUAAAGAGCUGACAAACAGAGAGCAGGUCAGUGAGCUACUGCAGAAGAUAGACAGGAUGGUGGAGAGGAACGGAGGAACCUGUUACUCCAAUCAGAUGUUUGAGGAAGCAGACAGUUCUACGACAAAUUACUGGAAAUGGAUUAUUGUAAUUCUUGCCAUGGGUGUUGGUGCUUGUGUUGGUGCUUGUGUUGGUGGUUGGGGUGGUGGUUGGGUUGGUGCUCGGGUUGGUGCUGCUAUUGGUUGUGUUGGUGGUGGUGCUAUAGGCUAUUAUUUGUCUAAAUCUGUGCAGUGGCAGGUUUACGGCCAGUUCACCUCAAUGAGACGUCCCACCUCUGUCACUAAACAUGUUCAGAUGGAACAUGGUACAGUUUCUGGUCUCCCAGUGACUGUUUACGACACUCCAGGGUUCUGUAACACUGAGCUGAGUGAUGAUCAGGUCAUACAGGAAUGUCAGAAGGUCUUCAGCUCAUGUGAGUCAGAAUCAGACAUCUGUACAUAUCUACUGGUCAUCAGGGCAGAUAGAUUUACUGAGGAACAGCAGGAAGCUGUGCAGAAAACUGAGCUUCUGUUAGGACCACAGCGUCUGGAAAAGACCUGGAUCCUCUUCACUGGAGGAGAUGAACUAGAGGAAGAGGAACAGACCAUAGAGAACUUCAUCAUUAAUACAGAAUCUCUGAUGGAGCUGAUGAAGAGAUACAGUUACAGACACCACGUCUUCAACAACAAGAUGUCCUGUAAAAAAACAAAAAGUGACCAAGCUAAAGACCUUCUGAACAAAAUUGUCAAGAAAUAUAUUAAAUCUGCACCACAUCGGAAGAGAACAAGACCACAGAACACCAACAGCAGUUCUGACCUGAGGAUUGUGCUGUUAGGGAAAACUGGAUGGGGGAAGAGCUCUACAGGAAACACCAUCCUGGGAGAGGAGAAAUUCAGAUCUGAACUCAGUUUGAACUCUAUCACCAGAAAGAGUGAAGCUCAACAUGGCCUUGUUGAGGACAGGAAGGUGUGUGUGGUCGAUACUCCAGGUUUCUUUGACACAGAUGUUGAUCCUGUAGAAACAACUUGUGAGAUACGGAAGAGUAUGUCUUUGUCCAGUCCAGGACCUCACGCUUUCCUCAUUGUUCUGCCACUGAAUAUAAGGUUCACAGAACAGGAAAAACACAUUAUUCAGCAAAUUGAAGCGUUAUUUGGAGAUGAAGUGAGGAAAUAUGCAAUGGUUCUCUUCACCCAUGGAGACCAGUUAAAGAGGGUAAAUGUCGAGACAUUCAUUAAAAAGAACAAGGCUUUAAGUGACCUUGUCCAGCAGUGUGGAGGUGGAUAUCAUGUGUUUAAUAAUAAAGAGCUGACAAACAGAGAGCAGGUCAGUGAGCUACUGCAGAAGAUAGACAGGAUGGUGGAGAGGAACGGAGGAACCUGUUACUCCAAUCAGAUGUUUGAGGAAGCAGACAGUUCUACGACAAAUUACUGGAAAUGGAUUAUUGUAAUUCUUGCCAUGGGUGUUGGUGCUUGUGUUGGUGCUUGUGUUGGUGGUUGGGUUGGUGCUCGGGUUGGUGCUUGGGUUGGUGGUGCUAUUGGUGGUGUUGGUGGUGGUGCUAUAGGCUAUUAUUUGUCUAAAUAAUUCUAAAAUAAAAAGUACAUGAUCUGAAAUAAGACUUGUGAUUAGAAUGAACACCAGACCUGGUUACUCUGUCUGAAUUAUUCUCUCAUAUUAAAUCAGAUUUCAUUUAGAUUGUUAUACUGAAUUUUACAAAUCCUGUCUAAAUCACCUAUAACCUAAAAUGUAUAAUCCUGUGUACUGUAAUAAAAUGUGUUAGUGAACACUGUAGAGUUCAUAUAUAUAGUCUUUAUAUAAUCAGUGAGAAAAAUAAUAAUAAUAGGUGUUUAUGUGUGAGUAGAAUCUAUAUUGUGUUUCUUUUCCUCAGCUGUGCAGUGGCAGGUUUACGGCCAGUGUACAGAAUAGAAUCAUUUUAAAUCUGUAUCUUAAUAAAUGUGUCAAGUCUCUCAACAUGAUGUGUACUAAUGAUGUGUGCACUAAUAAAACAUUACUGUCAGUAGUAA